UUCACUUCUCCUAUAAAUACCCAAUAUUGUCGAACUUUUUUCACCCAGUUCAAUGCCGAGUGGUCAUAAGAUUCGCCAUAACUCAAAGAUGACCAGAAAUUCAUCUUCAUUUUUUGCAUUCCUUCUACUCGCCUUCGUUUUAUGUAUCUCAGAAAUCACGACCGUUAAAGGGAAAUUAUGUGAAAAGCCAAGCAAGACCUGGUUUGGGAAGUGUAAAGACACAGAACUAUGCGACAAGCAGUGCAUAGAGUGGGAGGGUGCAGAACAUGGAGCUUGUCAUCAACGUGAAGCAAAAUACAUGUGCUUUUGCUACUUCAAAUGUGAACCCAAGGCGUCUCCUACUCCUCCCUCUACUGCUCCUCCUGAAAACGGGGCACCCACUCCAACUUUUCCCGGACCUCCGGCAGGAGAAGGUGGACAACCACCUCCUGCAGAAGGUCAACCACCUCCUGCAGAAGGAGGUCAGCCACCUCCAAGCAUUUGAUACAAUCUAUUCAUUUUCCUCCAAUAAAAAAGCCUUAUAUGACUAUGAAUAUGGAGAAAAUAAUGCUUCCUAACAAACAUAUGAGUGUUUUAUAAUAUGCAAUUGUGUUGUGCCGAUAAUAUAUAACGUAUGUUUAAUUCCCGUACAUAAUUGUUUCUCUGACGUCAUAAAUUUUAAGCACCUCCUACGAUUGAAUAGAGGAAUUGAAAUUUAUGUGAUU